ACCACGAGCUACACUCGGGCUUACCAUGCGGCGCUGCUCUGGGGGUCCCUGCAGCACUUACCUUGUCCUUCGUUCCCCGCGAUGUGUCCCCUGCAGCGUCCCCGGCCAUCUCCUCCGGCCGAUGCCGGCAUCCGGCUUCUGUGUUCCCGUCCCCGUGACGUCGGGACGUACGGGUGCCGCCGGCGGCGGGAAAUUUAAAAAAUGUAAAAAAAUGUCUUUUUUUUUUUUUUUUCAAUUUUCCAUAUGCUUUGUCGGCGCGCCCUGCCUGCAUUUUGUCUGUUCUUUC